AUGUUCUCAAAAGUGAAAGUAGAAUAAAUUCAUCCGCAGAUUCCCACCACACGCAUUGAAAAUAUUCAGGUUUGAAUUUCAUUUAGAUUAAUUAAAACAUAUUGAAUAUAGUUAAUUGUAUUAGGAGAAUACAAAUUUAUAAUUCAAUUUGGCUUUCAACAAAGAUACGAAAAUAACAUUUUCAGGUGAAAGAACUUCCGGUUAAAGGAAAAGAGGUUGAUCUCUCAUCUCACUGAUGUAAACUUUGCAGAUUUCCAGUGGAAUAAUGUCAGUAUAAGAUUUGACAUAAAUGUCCGUGCAGUAUGGGGGAGCAUGUCGACUGGUAAUGGGCCAUCCCAUCUAAAUGAAAUGCUCGGUACCAUGAACUCUCCUGGCCUAUCAUCUACUUCGUUUACUUCAAUUGAAAAGGAGAUUGGGGACUGGUGGCUUUCGGCUCUUGAGAGCAAUAUUUUAGAAGCUGGGGCACAGGAGCGCAGCCUAGCAAUAGAGAGGGGGGAUUACCAUCAAGAGGUCCCUGCAAUAACUGUGAUAACAGAUGGUGGCUGGUCCAAACGUACACACAAACAUAGCUAUAAUGCCCUUGGUGGUGUAGCUAUCAUUAUUGGGAAAGAAACAGGAAAGUUGCUACAUAUAGGGGUAAGGAAUAAGUAUUGUUUUGUGUGCCAAACAGCCAAGAACAAGCUAACAGAUCCAAAACAACAUGACUGUUUUAAGAACUGGGACUCAGAUAGUCAGUCUAUGGAGAGUGACAUAAUUGUGGAUGGUUUUAAGCAAGCAGAGGGUAAACAUGGAUUGCGGUAUAUGCGCAUCAUAGGUGAUGGAGACUCAUCUGUUUUUGCCAAGAUUAGGGAAGAGGUGCCUCUUUGGGGAAGGGCUGUUGAGAAAGAGGAGUGUGCAAACCAUGUUUGUAAGUGUUAUAGAUCAAACCUAGAGAAGCUAGUGACAGAUAAUCCUCUUUACAAAGGCAAGCACAAUCUUACUAAGAAAGUAAGAAUCCAGUUAGUUUCAGCAGUUCGAGUGAGAGGAAAACAAAAGGAAAACAAGGAACUUUCACCGAACGCUGCUGUCUUACAGCUUAAACAUGAUAUUAUAAACUCAGUACACCAUAUUUUUGGCAAUCACUCAAAAUGUUCCGAUUUCUGCAAAAUGACAUCUGCCAAUUCUUCACAAACCAAUAUUGAAGUCAAUGAAACUAACACCAUUGAUAAUGAUUCAAACUUCAUGAAUAUUUUUGAUGAACAAGUUCAGUUUUGGGAAGACGGGACAAGUGCUGAGGACAUGGAAAAGUCUCGUUAUGGUAGCUUCGACUUUCAAAAUGUUGAGCAAUUCAUUAUUCAGGAUGUUUCCCUGUUGUUGAGGAGGAUUGCAGAAAAGGCUGAGCGCUUGAUUGGAAAUGCAACAACUAAUAUUGCAGAGUCUUGGAUGCACAUCAGGUCUAAAUUUGAUGGUGGAAAGAUUCACAAUCUUUGCCAAAGAGCCUCAUGGCAUGUGAGAUGUUAUGGAGGGGGCUUACGCAUGAAUUAUGGACCACAGUGGUCACCAGUUGUUUGGAGGCAAUCAACGGCAACACAGCCUGGAUCAUUCUUUACUAAAGUUUUUCAAAGGCAGGAAGCUAAGUUGGCACAAAGUAAAGAGCACCAAAAGAAACCACAAACAAAGAAAAACCGUUUUCUGAAGAAAAUACGGAGUCUCAAGCAGAGUACCACCAAUAAAGCGAAGAGAGCUUAUGGAGAGAAGGCUACUGAGGUUUGUGAGGAUGUGACAGAUUCAGAAUUAGUGGCCAAAAAACAAGAAUUCCUCACCAAACAUGUCCUUGUCUCUUCCACUCAGAUUCAUCAAAUUCAAAAUUCCACAUUACAACAAUCAACUUCUGGACUUUGGCAUUUAGAGAGAACUAAAAGAAUCACAGCCUCAAAUUUUGGAAAGGUUUUUCGACGUAAACCCUCUAUUCCUGUAAAUAAGUUAGUGCAUUCCCUGCUCUACUCAAAUUUCAAAGGAAACAGACAUACUAGAAAUGGAUUACUGCAAGAAAGAUCUACAAUUGAAGAAUAUAAACUGAAAAAGGCUGAAGAAAAUGAAAAUGUUACUGUUCAAGAAUCAGGAUUAGUUAUUGAUCAUAACCACAAUUUUCUUGCAGGAAGCCCAGAUGGUAUUGUGUAUACUGCGAACGGGGAGAAAGGUCUGAUAGAGAUAAAGAAUUUAAUACAUAAUAAGCCUUUGAACCUUUUUGAAGCAGCAGACAAAAUUACUUCUUUCUGUCUUCAAAACAGAAAUGGAAAGUUGUUUUUGAAAGAGAACCAUGAUUAUUAUUAUCAGUGUCAAGGACUCAUGAACAUAUGUGGGACUGAUUGGAUUGAUUUUGUUGUGAGAACUUUGAAUCCCUAUCAUCUGUUUGUACAGAGAAUACCCAGAAAUGAACAGCUAUGGAAUAUGAUGUUGCCAAAGUUGAAAGCCUUUUAUGACAAAGCAAUUCUUCCGGAAUUAGCUUGUCCAAGAGAUGGAAAAAGUCCAGGAAUUAGGGAACCUGGGGUAUGGUAUACACCUCCCAAAGCUCUAAAUAACAACAGUAGAAGGGAUGCUGGGAAAAAACGAGGACAAUCAAAUGAGCCAGUUUCAAGAAAAACUAGGAAAAAAAGGUAGUUCACAUAUUAUUUAUACAAGGUAAAGGUCAAAUUAUUGGAAUACAAAGGAGGGUCUUGUACUAAGAAUGUUACUAUGAU